AAGCACCCGUCUCGUGGGAUGUGUUGUGCACCUUUCACCUUUUGGAAGAGAUUUCUUGAACAGUAUGCCGCCGACCCACUGACAUUAUGAUCGGGUCUAACAAUCGUCUUAUUUUUUUCACGAUUUUAACGAACGCGCGUUUUAAAAAAAUGUAACACAAAAUGGUGUGGUGCAGGCGCAAACUCAAAAUUCAGUGGCUUCUGACAGUUACCUCGCUCGGAAUUUGGGGCUUUUACGUUUACAAUGGCGCCAAACACAAAGAGUCUAUCGAAAUGGACAAAGUUGAUCACUUUACCACCGAAUCUCACCAGACUAGAAGCCACCGGAAAUUGGGAAAAUUUGUUACUAAAUCGCUGGCCCAGUUGGGAAAAAUGGACGAGAUCAACAAGCAUUUUCUUCUGUUGAAUUAUAUUCCCAGAAGCGGCGCCGAAAUUUUGAUUUUUAUACUGCAGAGAGUACAGGGUAUGAAUAAUUUUCGGCACAUCAGGAUGAAAGGGCCGAUCAAAGGCGAGUUGACGAAAUCAGAACAGGAAAAGCUGGUUUACGAUUUUUACGACAUAAGAAAAAGCGCGGCGAUUCCUUUAAGCUUCGACAAGAACGUGCACUUCAUCAAUUUCACCACGUUUGAUAGACAGUUGCCGACUUACAUCAAUCUAAUUAGAGAUCCAGUUGAGAAAGUUAUGACCAGAGUUACUAAGAAUCACGUAGAAAAUAAUAUUGCGAUACGUUGUUUGCUGAGAGAAGGAAACUAUUGCAAAAUUAAAAUGGAGAUGGCUAUUCCAUAUUUUUGCGGAUACAGUCCACGAUGUAUGGAACCGAAUAAUGCGUGGGCCCUGAAGACAGCCAUAGAAAACGUCGAGAAAUACUAUCCGGUCGUAGGGGUACUAGAAGAGUUAAACGCAACCCUCCACGUGAUGGAGAAACAAAUUCCUUAUUUUUUUAAAGGCGCAAAGGAUAUAUAUCAGAGAAAAUUAUACAAAAUGCACAGGAAAAGAAAGACAAUAGCAUUUCCUAAGCAACUGAGAAAUAAAUUGGAAAGAAUGUUGGGAAACGAAUGGCUUUUCUACAACUGGGUGAAGGAAAGGUUACUACGGCAAGCAAGAAAUACAUGACCGUGAUGAUGUCUACACCAUUUUUCAUCAUUGUCAUACCAAAGAACAAGGAAUUAGUUAAGCUUCCUUUAGAAUGUUUAUAUCGCAUACUAAACGGCUUAUGUUCGAUAUAAAGCCU